AUGGCUCAUCAUCGGCGCCAUCCAACGCCUACGGGCCGCCAAACCACCAGGCUGGAACCCCCAUCGGCGGUGGUCACCAUGCAACAGAACGUCCAGGUGAGCGCACCCUCGGCGACUUACCUCCCUGCCGCUCCCCAGCAGUACCAUGCAGCCCCAUCGGCUCCAGUCCAGAAUCAAUACCACCAACAGGCGGCCCCGGCCCAGAACCACUACCACCACCAACAGUCUGCCCCGGCCCAGAGCCAUCACCACCACCAACAGGCCGCCCCUGCCCAGAACAACUUCCGCCAGGCUGCCCCAGCCCCUCAGGCCAGCCGUGCCUACCUGGCCCCAGCCCCCCAACGCCAGUCUCGCCCAGCGCCCCAACGCCAGUCAGCCCCCGCCCCUCAGCGUCAGGCAGCCCCAGCCGCUCCCCAGCAGUCCAGGCAGUACCUAGCUCCAGUCGCUCAACAGUCCCGCCCUGCUCCCGUUCAGCAAAGACAAUCCGCUCCCCAGGCUUCUAGACAGUACUUCGCUCCCGCUGCACCAGCCCAGAACUAUCGGCCAGCACCAGCUCCAGUCCAGAGUUAUAGGCCAGCCCCAGCUCCAGUUCAGAGUUAUCAGCCAGCCCCAGCUCCAGUUCAGAGUUAUCAGCCAGCCCCAGCUCCAGUUCAGAGUUAUCAGCCAGCCCCGGCUCCAGUUCAGAGCUACCAGCCAGCUCCAGUCCAGAGCUACCAACCGGCUCCAGCUCCAGUCCAGAGCUACCAGCCAGCUCCAGUCCAGAGCUACCAGCCAGCUCCAGCUCCAGUCCAGAGCUACCAGCCAGCCCCAGCUCCAGUCCAGAGCUACCAGCCAGCUCCAGCUCCAGUACAGAGCUACCAGCCAGCCCCAGCACCAGUCCAGACCUACCAGCCAGCUCCAGUCCAGAGCUACCAGCCAGCCCAAGCUGCCGUCCACGUUGAGGCCGCCCCAGCGCCAGCAUACGAGCAGCCCCAGGCAUCCAGCCAAUCAUCAGAAUACGAGACCAUCAGCUUCAGUCAAUCGGUUGAUAAUCUUUCAAGCUUCGAAAAUAAUGCCGCAACCAUCGCAGACUCAUCCUCCGAUUAUACUAACAUUCAAUCAUUUUUCCAGGCACCACAGGUGCAAGACUCAGGCUUCGAUAGCCAGUCAUCAAGCCAAGGAUCCUCUCAACUCAUUGGAUCCAACGGCGGAUACGUUUACUAA